GACAACUCUUCUCUUUUGAGCCUCUCCUUCAUCAUAUAAGAACCCUACCACCGUGUGUGAUCAACCUCUUUCUCUCUUUAACUCUUUCAGUGGCUUUAGCUUUGUUAUUCUGUAACCCUAUAUACCCUAUCAAAACAGUUCUUCCUUAAUUUCCUUUCUCUCUUUUUUUGUGCCAAAAUUCCAUCUAUCCAUGACUCCUGUUUCUCUGAACCCACCAGGUCCUUCCAUACAAGGUCAAAACCAUCUCUUCAAUUCUCUUAAUAAUCAGGAUUAUCAUGCUUCCUUAUUUAACAUACUUGAUCGGAGGCAAGGCAUAGGAAUUGGAGAGUUAAGAGAAAAUGAUCACCAGGACGAUAAGCUGGUGGUAUGGCAUGAUGGAUCAUCAUCAUCAUCAAGCAGCAAUCAUCUUUACAAUUCGACUUUUAUUUCACCUCAGCCAGUUAUGGACAACCCAAGCAGCAGCACAUGUGACCCAAAUUUAUCAUUCUCCAAAAUGGAGGAGGAAGACAUCAAAAACGUUCACGGGUCUGCAAAAUGGAUGUCUUCAAAGAUGAGGUUGAUGAAAAAAAUGAUGAGUACUCCAGCCACUGACAAAGCAAACAACUCUACUACUAUUCCAAUUAGUCCAAGAAUCCAAAAUCAAGGGCAUGAAAACAGGUACAGCCAAAGAAGCCCUCGUAAUAACAACAACAGCAGUAACACCACUAGGGUUUGUUCGGAUUGUAACACAAGCAGUACCCCACUUUGGAGGAGUGGCCCUAACGGUCCUAAGUCGCUUUGCAAUGCAUGUGGAAUUAGACAGAGGAAGGCAAGAAGGGCAAUGGCAGAAGCUGCUAAUGGUUUGGCCACUCCCAUAAAUACAGCAUCAACAAAGACCAGAGUGCAUCAUAACAAGGAAAAGAAGCCUCGUGCAAACCAUUUUGCUCAGUUCAAGAACAAAUCCAAAUCCACUUCAAGUAAUGCAGGUUCAUCUCAAGAGACAAAGAAGCUUGAAUGUUUCAAGGACUUUGCAAUAAGUUUGAGGAACAACUCAACUUUUCAGCAAGUGUUUCCAAGGGAUGAAGUAGCUGAGGCGGCGCUGCUUUUGAUGGAUUUAUCUUGUGGUUAUGUUCACUCUUACUAAUUAGAAAGUUUUGUCAUGUUAGUGUUUUAUUUUUCACUUUUAGAAUAAAAAAGAUUUGGAAACUAUUUGUUUGGUUGUGAGUUGUGAAAUCAAGCUGUGAUGUACUGCAGCACAGCGAAAAUUAAGCUUGGCUGCAUUACAGACAGCUACUAUUACAUUUGUUGUCACUAAGAAAGAAGUUUAUGUUUAGUUUCAUAUUA